CGCCUUAAACACCGAGUACGCGGAGGCGGCUGCAACGCCGUCUUGACCCUGGGCUGGUUCCGUAUUUCGUCCCUUUUUUCGGUUACGAAACCAACGUAUCCGCGUUACCCAUUUCCUCUCCACAGAAGAAAGACUAAAUCCACUUCGGUUCCCGUAUCGGGCGUCAUUUUCACCUGCUUCACUGUUGGCGGCGUACGGUUUUUUUCCUUCCCAUCAGACUGGGUUUGGGAUUCCGUAGAACUCGUUGAAAGUUCACAAGCAUUCCCUGGAGCCAGACCAGAGAAGAUUCGGUGAUUCUAUUUUUGGUUUGCCCACCGAGAAACGCGUCGUGCUCGUCCCAGUGUUGAGGAAAGAAGGCGUGCUUCGCACCCGGCAGAGUCUCGAAGCAGCACCGGAAACCGUGUUGCGGACGUUCUGCUGCUGAGUAAAGGGGCCCGCUCCCUAGUCCACAACCGAAUAGAUAACAGUACACGUCCUCGAGAUAAGGUACUUUGAUGAAAGUGGCCUGGCCCACUGGUGGCAUGUUCUGCGCCAGGAGGCUCUUUGUGCCGAGGAUCUGCGCGUGCGUCUGAGGUGCUCCAGUUUAGGUCAUUCGCCGUCGCGCUUUAGACCUAGCGUCGCUUUUUCGAACUCGAGGAUUUCCCUUGAAUGGAGAUAAUCGUCCCGGAAGUGUGACGGCUGUGUAGGUCUCCAGUUAUUAAGGACAUUUUCGCCCACCUUGGCAACGCGAAUCUGUGACACCUCUAGAAACCCCCCCACGCUCUUUUACCAAUCGACUAGCUCUUAGCAGGUUCGAGUUGUUUGGAGGACAUCAACCACACAAAACCACCUUUCAACGAUGGCUUCUUCAGGGUUCUCUUCCUCGCUGACUAAGUCAAUGUCCUGCGUCGACACUUCUAACGAAAAGGUCAACGGCGAAGCCUCUGGACGAGGUCCGUGCAUGCGAGGUGUGCUGGCACAGCCUUGCCGCGGACACCCGAAUGUCCUCCUCUUUGCUUCUUAUGCUGAUGGGAACGAGUGCGCGUUGGUCUUCAUUGCUGGGCUCACCGACGGAAUGAUGUCAUGCGCAUGGAUGCCUCAUCUGGCCCAAGCCAUCGACCGCGUUGGAUUUGCCACCAUCCAGGUCAACUUGUCGUCGUCCUUCGGAUCUUGUGGCAUGUCCUCCCUUCAGCAGGACGCCCGCGAACUAGAAGUCGUUGUCCGCUACUUGCGGAAAGAAAUGCGAAUGAAAAAAGUAGUGCUCGCCGGUCAUUCCACAGGGGCACAGGACAUCGUGAGUUACCUGCGCCACGUGAACGCCGCCCCCACUCCGGAGACGAAGAUCGACGGUGCAAUCCUUAUUUCGGGCAUCAGCGACAGAGAAGCAUUUUCGCUCGUGAACGGCGUCAUGGGGAAGCACCUCGUGGAGGAGGCCCUGCGACUCGUGGAAAAGGGAGAGCCUGAUGGCGUCUUGCCCGAACGCCUCAUGGGAUGCCACUUCACUGCCAAAAGACUCCUGAGUUUGACACAACGUCUUGGCGACGACGACAUGUUCUCCACGGACCUUACCGAAGAGGAGCUUUCGCGCAUACUCGCGCCCCUGGACGUUCCGUGUCUCUUCAUAUACGGUGAACAUGAUGAGUACGUUCCGGACAUGCAGCGGCUUCGACAGUUCUCCGAGCUGUUGAUCAAGGUCGUGCAGAAGCGAGCUCCCCAGGCAGACGUUGUUUUUCUACCAGGAAACCAUUCCUUUGCGGCAGAUGGAGACUCAACUGCGAUGAUUUCCAGGGCUUGCAAGUUCCUCGAGGGCUUUGCGGCAUAAGACUCCCGUCACUCUAACCAGUGCUUUCUUCAACAUUAAAAGGCGUCUUUUUAGCUACGAAUGCCCCGAGUUUCCUUGAGUUUGUGUAAAAGCAACUAAUUUCGUGGUUUACUUGCGAACAAUUGCUGCUUAUGGCAGUGUGUGAUUGGCACCCUGCAUAUAAAUGUCGUCUCUCUCGGGGUGUUGAAUUUGUCAGCUGGAGCGUCAUAAGGUGCUGUCUUCUAAACGGACUGAUUGUGAACGCAAGCGAACAGAGCGACAAACUGUAGUAUUGCACUCGUGUGAAAAACACACACGGACAGUCGAAUGACGGAUAGUCGCUGUAUGUCGCGAUUGGACUGCAACAGCGAAUGUUCAACCGAAAGACACGAACAAGCGAAUUAUGUAGUGGAUGAAGGGUUGUUGAAUCAACAUCUCAUUAGGUGCUUAGUGGCCAGUGAAACGCAUUGCAAGAGCCCGUCUUGCGUUACAGUGCCA